CAUAAUAUGAAGGAAGGGGUAUGCAACUCAUCAUUGUUAAUAGCCAAUAGGUUAUGAAUUAUGAUGCUUAUUCUUAGUGUCUUUUAAUUUUUGAACAUCGGCGUUCGGCAGUAAUUUGUGAACCUAGUGUAUUAACUGUUAAUAAUUUGCAUAAUAUAUUGGAGUUUUUGAAGUGUAACUUUAUAUUUCUAAUAAUGCUUGAUACUUACUCAUUGUUUAGAAAUUUUGUGAUUAAAGAUUGUGUGUAACAUUAUGAAUAUGUAAGUUCGGUUUUUUCAUACCUACAAACAAACAAAAUUUACAUUAUGAAGAUAAUUGGUCGGUUUUUACUAGCUAUUAUCUAUCUGGUUAUUUUCGUCAGUAACAGUGUGGAUUCAGUUGAUCGCCAUAAUUUUAAAACAUGUGAUCAAAGUAAUUUUUGUAAGCGAUGUCGGUCUAUGAGUAAAAAUCAAAUUUCACCAUUCCAGUUGGUUCCUGAUAGUGUAUCAUUAACUGAUAAAUAUCUAGAAGCUGUUAUAACAAAUACUAAGUAUGAAGGUGUAUAUCUACGUAUGCGGCUGGAUGGCCUUAGAGAUAGCACACUUAGAGUACGUAUUAAUGAAGAUGGUAAACAAUUGUACAAUAGAUUUCAACCUGUUCAUGCAUUAGCCUCAGAGCCCAUACCUCAAUCAAUGACUAUGGCUCGAAAUGAAACAACCAUAGAAUUAGAACUAGAACAAAGUACAAUAAAAGUUUAUAUUACAAUUGCCCCAUUUAAAUUAAUUGUUUAUGUCAAUGAUGAACUCGCUAUGCUAGUCAAUAGUAAUAAUUUAAUGCAAUUUGAACAUUAUCGUCCCAAACCAGAAUCCAUUCCAGAUAAUGAAGUUGGCUCGUGGGAAGAAUUUUUCAAAGAACAUCAGGAUUCUAAACCUCGUGGACCAUCAGCAGUUGCCAUGGAUUUCACAUUAUACUCAUCUUCAAAUCUUUAUGGAUUACCAGAACAUGCAGAUUCUUUUUCUCUGAAAGGAACAAGUGGAAAUGACCCAUAUCGUUUUUAUAAUUUAGAUGUUUUUGAGUAUGAAUUGUAUAAUGGCAUGGCCCUUUAUGGUGCUGUUCCUUUUUUAAUGGGACACGGAAAAAAGAACAGCAUAGGAAUAUUUUGGUUAAACGCUGCUGAAACAUGGGUUGAUAUUUCGGGAGUCAAAAGUGAUGCUGAUCGUACUUCAGUUGUAGAAUCUAUUGUAAAUUUAGUUUCUGGAUCUUCAGUAGAUAAAGAGGUACCCCAAGCUCACUUUAUGUCAGAAAGUGGUAUUAUUGAUUUUUUCAUUGUGCUUGGUCCAAAACCUUUAGACGUGACAAGACAGUACUCUUCAUUGACUGGAACUGCUCCAUUACCUCCUUUAUUUUCGUUAGCUUAUCAUCAAUGUCGAUGGAAUUAUAAUGAUCAAAAAGACGUGCAUAAUGUUGAAACAAAUUUUGAUGUGUAUGAUAUACCUAUGGAUGUCAUGUGGCUUGAUAUUGAACAUACAGACAGUAAAAAAUAUUUUACUUGGGAUCCAAUUAAGUUUUCUAAUCCCGUAGAAAUGAUAAAUAAUUUAACUAGCAAAGGAAGAAAAUUGGUUACCAUAGUUGAUCCUCAUAUAAAACGUGAUUCAAAUUAUUUUCUGCAUAAUGAUGCUAUUAGUAAUGAUUUGUAUGUCAAAAAUAAAGAUGGAAGUGUAUAUGAAGGUUGGUGUUGGCCGGGGUCUUCCAGUUAUUUGGAUUUUUUGAAUCCCAAAGUUCAAGAAUAUUAUAUAUCACGUUUUGCUUUUAAUAAUUAUCUUGGUUCAACUGAAGACCUUUAUAUAUGGAAUGAUAUGAAUGAGCCUUCAGUCUUUAAUGGGCCAGAAGUUACAAUGCCUAAGGAUUGUGUUCAUCAUGGUGAUUAUGAACAUCGUGAUAUACAUAACAUUUAUGGGUUAUUACAAGUUAUGAGUACAUAUGAAGGUCUUUUGAAAAGAACUAGUGGCAAAAAACGACCAUUCAUUUUAACUAGAUCUCAUUUUGCCGGUACUCAACGUUUUGCUGCCGUUUGGACUGGAGAUAACAUUGCUGAUUGGCAACAUUUAAAGAUAUCAUUGCCUAUGUGUUUGUCAUUGGCUAUUUCUGGUAUAUCAUUUUGUGGAGCUGAUGUUGGUGGAUUCUUCAACAACCCCGAUAAAGAAUUAUUUAUACGAUGGUAUCAAGCAGGAACAUACUUACCAUUUUUCCGAGGACAUUCACACAUAGAUACUAAGCGUCGAGAGCCAUGGUUAUUUGAUAAACAAACUACCAGUUUAGUACGAGAUACUAUAAGAACUAGAUACACCUUAUUGCCACUGUGGUAUACAUUGUUCAAAACUCAUGAAUUAACUGGAGCUCCUGUAAUACGUCCAUUGUUUUUUGAGUUUCCAUCAGAAGAAAAUGUUUUUGGGAUUGAUUACGAGUUUAUGGUUGGAAAUAGUCUACUGGUUUGCCCUGUUACAAAACCUAAUGUCCAAGAAAUAUCCGUUUAUUUCCCUGGUAAUGAUGAAGUCUGGUACGAUCGAGAUUCCCAUCAACCUAUUAAAACUAAUGGACCAAUAAAAAUACAAGUUCCUAUAAACAAGGUUCCGGUAUAUCAACGAGGUGGAACAAUAAUACCUACUAAGCAACGUGUGCGUCGUUCUUCAGUUGUUAUGAGAGAUGACCCAUACACUUUGGUUGUUGCCAUUGGCUUAAAAGGUACAGCUAAAGGUAACCUAUAUGUUGACGAUGAAGAAAGUUUUGAAUAUCGUGAUGGAAAGUUUGUUUACAUCGAAUAUGAAUUUAUUAAUAAUCAGUUGAUUUCUAAAUGUAUACAUUGUAACACAUUUAAUACAAAUUCAUGGUUGGAGAAAGUGAUGGUUGUUGGUAUUCCUUCAGUGUUUACAAAAGCCAGCAUUCACACAGUUGAAGGUAGUACAGAGUUAUCUGUGUUAUACAGUGCUAGCAAUCAAGUUUUGACAAUACGAAAACCAGCCGUUGGAAUAGCUCAAAAUUGGACUAUUACUUUACUUUAAUAUCACUAUGUAACCACAUCAAAUUUGUAUUGUAUACAUUUUGGUAUGAAUUGUUUUUAUUAUCAUAUUGCAAUAAAAUGAAACAAAUUUUAAACAUAUAAUAAAAUAGAAUAAAUAAUUAGUGUAUUUUAAAGAAUACUUAGUUAAAGUGAUAAUUACUUAAUUUUUAAAAAGAAAAAUCUAAAAAUGUGAUUCUUUAUUACUAUUAUUUAUUAAACAAUACUACAAUACUUUCUUUUUUUUAAAUAAUUAGGUGUAUUAUCAUUUCGUAUAAAUUGUAUUUGUAAUAAAUUGUUUUGCUGAAACAA